AUGGCCGCCGCCUCCACCUCCCUUUCCCUUGGCUUCUCCUCUCACCACCGCCCAAAUCCCAGAACCCGACCCCAACCCCAGCCCCAGAGGCAACCACCGAACGCAAAACCACCUAAACCCCUCCGCCUCAGCCUAACCCUCACCCCGGCGACCGCGAAGCCCCGCCUCGCCGCGGCGCCCGACGACGUCGCCGUCGCCGACGUCGUGGAGAAGGACUGGUCGUUCCUCGAGUCCGUGGGCACAAACCUCCAGCGCUCGCUCGCCGUGGGGGCGCUCUCGCCGGCGUCGCGGGUGUUGGCCUUGACGCCCACGGCGUCCUUCGUGAGCUCGCUCCUCGCGUCCUCGCCCUGCGAGCUACUGGUGGCCGCGCACGAGUCCAUGUACGUGCUGGCGGGGGUCAAGGAGGCGCACGACGAGGUGAGGUGCUUCCACCUGGAGGGUGGGGGUGGGGGCAGGGGCGGCGGCGUCGUGGAGGCCGUGCCGGAGAGGUUCCACGACUUCGAUGUUGUGUUUGUGUGCUACUUCCCUGGAAUGGGAGUCUCCGCCGCGGCGCUCCUCAAAUCGCUGGCCAAGAGGUGCUCCAAAGGUGCAAGAGUUGUCAUGUUCUUAGAUCAAGGCAGACAUAAUUUUGAGCAACAACGGAGAGAGCAUCCUGAUGUUGUAACUUCUGAUUUGCCCAGUAAAGCCUUCCUGGAGAAGGCUGCAUCUGGGAACAAGUAUGAAAUAACAGAGUUCGUUGAUGAGCCUAGCUUUUACCUUGCUGUUUUGCAAUUUGAAGGAUGA